GGUGGCUCUGACGUAAUGGCCGCGGUUCUGACGUCACGGCGGGCGGGGCCAAGAUGGCGGCGGCUGGGCUGAGGGGCUGCGCGAAGCUGACAAGAAAUAUUCCAGCAUUCUUGGCUCCCUGGAGGUUUUCCCAGUGUGCCUUUAGAUCCUCCAAAUCGGAACUCAAGCCGAAUCUCUCCAGUGAUGGAGUUGUCUGUGCUCCACUUCACACGUUCACUGAAGAGGAGGCAAUGCUGAAGAACAUGGUGACAAAAUUUGCUCAGGAGCGAGUGGCACCUUUCGUGCAAAAAAUGGACGAGAACUCGAAAAUGGAGGACUCCAUCGUACAGGGAUUGUUUGAACAAGGGCUGAUGAGUAUUGAGCUUGGGGAAGAAUAUGGAGGAACUGGAGCUUCAUUUUUUUCAAUCAUAUUGGCAGUAGAAGAAUUGGCCAAAGUUGAUGCAGCUGUGGCUCUUGUAUGUGAACUCCAGAACACACUAACAAAUAAAUUGUUUACCACAUAUGGAACAGAAGAACAAAAGAGAACUUACCUGCCCAGGGUGUCUAAAGACACAUUAGGCAGUUUCUGUCUUUCCGAGGCUGGGUCUGGCAGUGAUGCCUUUUCUUUGAAGACUCGAGCUGAGAAGAAAGGAGACUACUAUGUUAUCAAUGGCUCCAAGAUGUGGAUUAGCUUAGCAGAAGAUGCAGGAGUUUUCUUUGUGAUGGCAAAUACAGAUCCAUCCUCAGGGUACAGGGGAAUUACCUGCUUCAUAGUGGAUCGCGACACGGAGGGACUUCACGUGGGGAAGAAGGAGGACAAGCUGGGAAUCAGAGCAUCUUCCACCUGCCCAGUGACUUUUGACAACAUGAAGGUUCCUGAGACCAAUAUCCUGGGACAGGUUGGACAAGGCUAUAAGUAUGCCAUUGGAAUGCUCAAUACUGGCAGGAUAGGGAUUGCUGCACAGAUGUUAGGACUGGCACAGGGGUGUUUCGACCACACAGUUCCAUACACAAAAGAGAGAGUCCAGUUUGGGAAAAGUGUCUUCGAUUUCCAGGGGAUGCAGCACCAGAUCGCCCAGGUGGCCACGCAGCUGGAGGCGGCGCGGCUGCUCACCUACAACGCGGCGCGGCUCGCCGAGAGCGGCCGGCCCGUCGUCAAGGAGGCCAGCAUGGCCAAGUACUACGCUGCUGAGGUUGCAACACUGACAACCAGUAAAUGUAUUGAAUGGAUGGGAGGUGUUGGAUUCACAAAAAAUUACCCAAUAGAAAAGUAUUAUCGUGACUGCAAGAUAGGUACGAUAUAUGAAGGAACCUCAAACAUCCAGUUGAGCACCAUUGCCAAAAUGUUAGCACAGGAAUACUGAAACCAUGAGGAAUUCCUUGACUGUUAAAGGACAUUAUUUCCCUGAAAGCUCAUUGUGAAUUACCCAUUUAUUUAUAAAUACAAAAAGCAUUAUUGACAUCAUAAAUCAGAUGAAACCAUAAGGAAAACCAUGAAUUCCCCAUUUCAGCUCACGUGAAAUCCUGAAUUCCACGUUCAGACCCCAAGUGGGGGUUAUAAUAUUGCUUCCUGCCUGAGAGAAUUCCGAGAUAAUUCCUUGGAUUUAGUCACCUUAGGUUAUGCAAGCAGUGCAUCUCCACUUGGGGAUUUCAAAGUGAAAACAAAGGAAGCCAAAUCCUUGGCAUAACUGCUGGGAGAGGUUCUGAUAAACCACCUGGGAGGGAGGGAGGGCUCUACAGGAGAGAGAGCAGUGGUGGUUUCCUCUCUCCCAGCUGUGGAGCUGCUGUAAUUGAGGUAAUUUUUACAGCAGCCCUUAGUGUGUUCUUAAGGAUAUCUUUGUAAUUAAGCCCUUCCAGCCCCAAUUUGUACUCCUGAAAGGUGGAUAAUAUCCACCUCCCUUCCCAGCCUUCUCAGCUGUUAAGGGUUUUAAUCUAAGAGGCUAUUUAUAGUUCUCCUUUCAUAAAAGGUUGAGUUGAAAUCUUUCUGAAAUGGGGUUAAAAAAGCUCUACUAGUUCUGCAAAAAGACAGAGAUAUAAGCUGGGUAAUAAUAGGAGUGCUGUGAUACUUCCUCACAGUGGCCUUUCCAUGUUCAGUGCAUUUUACAAGCAUUCACCCUCACAUCCUUCCUGGGAGUUAGGGAGGCACUGUUAAUUUGCAGCCUGGAAAACUUGCUCCUGGAAUUAGCGGUUCUCCAGCAUAAUUUUUCCCCUUUUGAAAGACAUAAAGGGGCAGGGGGAUGGGAAGUAUCUGGGUUUUUUUUUUAUCCCUCUCUGUUUGGUUUAAAAUUAGACAUUUUAUUUACAGCAGAAACCUCUUCAGUGCUGGAGAGCUAAUUAACUAAUAAUCAAGAGACAGGAAGCUUAAUAUAUGAAAAAUCAUCCUAAUUGCUGUAAUUGGCAAUCUGUUUCAAGUGUUUUGGGGAGGGAAGGAUUGGUUUUCUGGUUUUGGCUGACUUAGAAGAAUCUCAUUUUUAAAGCUGCUGCUCGCUGAUGAUUCCCUUCGAGUGGAGCUUAGAAUGUUACAGGCUGAGACUCCCAGAGGAUUUGCUGGCAAAACUGGGGCAAAUGACACUUAACAAGUAGGAUUUGUAAAACAGGCAGUUUUUUUGCAGUGCCUUACGCAAAGAAACCAGCAAGGAUGAAAAGCACCAUUAAAAAGUUUUCUGACUUGCUGUCAGCUUCAAAGGGAACCAACUACUUUAGUGAAUUAAUCCCCUCACGUGCACACUUUGCCUGUUGAUAGGCAAGGACUUACUCUGGUCGUUGUCCUAAUGCCAAUAAAAAAGCCCCUCUCAUAUCAGCUUUGAGAUUUUCAAGAAUACAAGAGUGGGAGGGCAGACUAGAUGGGUUCUGAAGUUUUCUUCUAGCAUCUUUAUUAUUAUUACUAUUGUUACUAUUGUUUUAUUUGUUAUCAGUAUCAUAAUUAUUAAUGCAUUUCAGGUGGUUUGCAGGCUUGCUUUCAGCUGAGUUGAAACAGCUGGGGAAAUGUAGACUAGAAUUAAGACUGCAGACACCCCAACAGUUAGCUACAGUUACUCUGCUCAACAGUCUGUCUGUGAGUCUAAAAUGAUCACAACCACACUCCAAAAUGCUUGAGUUAACAUUGAUAAAUGUGCUGAGUAGUGCCAAGGUGAGGCAGCCCUUGGCUGCUGCAGUUUAACCUGCUUUGCUCACAGGAGUGUCUGCAGAGACCAGGGUUUGGUUCACACUUUUCACUGGUUCUGGUUUGAAAUACUUAGUUUGGCUUCUGCAGUUUUGGGUGAGGCUGGGAAGUGAGAGGAAAUCCUUAACUGACUUCAUACAGUGCCAAAAGCAAACCCUUUGGGCAGGAAAGUGCAGAGCUCUUUGGGUUGGAUAUCCAGGGUUAUGUAAAAGGACUGUCCCUUUGUGUAGAACUGUGUCAGGUGUCCAUUUGAAAAAAUAAUCAGGAAAAAAUGAAAGUCAUGUGGUUCUUACAGCCUGAACUUGUUGCCUGAGUCCAGGAAACAACCUGAACAUCUUCAUCAGCUACUCAACAGUUCAUUUCAGAAAAGCAAGGUCAAGCCUUUAACUAAUGUUACAGCUGUAAAUAUUUCACAUAGUCAUGUAUGAUGUAUUUUGUACACAGUUUUGAAAGAAAUGUGUAUCUUGUAUUUGCUAUUUACGUACCAAAUUCUGUGGAGGAAUAUAUGCACAAAUCUAUUUUGACCUCUGAGUUUCUUUCAUCCUUGUUGUAAAAUGACAUGUGGAGAUCCCCUUAACUCUGAUUCCAUUGCUGCUCUAAACACAGGUGUUGGUUUAGCAAUGAGAAGUGCUGUGCUUUGUCCAGGGGCUCUUAAGAGCUGCCUGUGCUCCCCAGCCCCUGUUUGGUUCAGGGCAGGCAUUUAUGGGUGGUCAUAAACUGCAUUUCUACAUUUGGCAGUGUGGGCACAGGCUGCAGAGCUGGCACUGGGAGUGCUGUGAGGCUUUCUGUGCUAAUGCCAGGGCUCAAAGCUGCUUUAUGUCCUCAAUAUGUAUUUAUAUUAGUGAUUUUUCCCUUUUGUGCCCUCAGUCAGCCCAGCUGAUCCAGUCUGUUGUCCUGGAACAGCAUCUUGGGUUUGAAACGUCACAUGUGAGCUUCCCUGGUUAGAGGAAGAAAACCUGUAUUGAGGAUGUAUUAAAAAGUGCCUAACUUUUAUUUUUGACUUGAUACAAUACUAAUCUCUUGUAUUGGGUCAUGGUUCUCUAAUAAUCUGUCAUUUAAAAUUUUUACCAGACCUUGGAGGUUUUUUUACCAGGAGAGAAUGACUGCAUCAUCUGUCAGGGUUUUUUUCUAGUUCUGUUCUGCUUGGUGAUCAAGGUCUGAGGCCGAUUUCUGCAGAAGGGUUUAAUCACUACUUGGGAAAUACUCAAAUACAACAUUUUGUAUCAUG